AUGUAUAUAUUUUGUGUUAUAACUUUCAUUUCACAAGCGGCUCUGAUAGAUUCUGGCAGCACGACGUAUCUGACGGCAGGCACGUCAUCCAGCUACCUGACGUCCCCCAACUACCCCAACUACUACGGCAGAUAUGAAGAUGAGCGUUGGCUAAUCACAGCCCUGAAUACCAGUCUCGUGAUUAACCUCGACGUGGAAUAUUCUUCCAUUGAGAGUUCCUCGACUUGUAGCUAUGACUACGUGAUCGUUUAUGAUGGUUCUAGUGCCUCAAGCUUACGACUGUCCCGAUUCUGUGGUUACUCCAACCCAAGUCUGGUGAGCACCGGCGGUGUUGUGUUCAUCAACUUUAUCUCAGAUGGAAGUAUUGAGGGCAAUGGAUUUCGAAUUCGCUAUUGGAGUUCAAUCUCCAGUGCACAGCCAACAGAAGAGUCCAAUUCCUUAAACGCUGCAGUUGUCGUUCUUGGGUCACUGGUUGCCUUGGCAAUCAUCAUCAUCGUUCUGGGAACGGUGGCUUGCUGCUGCAGUAACAAGGAAGGUGGUUGGUGGGGAUCUUCCCGCCAGAGGGCGAUGCAUGUCGGGCCGGAUCGCGAAAACAGCAUUUUCUAUCUGUCGUACUCGCAGUUUAUGUGGCCCGACACACCUGUAUCAUCUUCAAGACGGCAAAGAGAGUCCAGGCAUACACACGGCAUGACGUCAGCUCCUCCCUAUACACCACGACCCGGCAACUCGAUGACGCCAUCUUUUACCCGGCAUUCCAGAGUGUUGCACGUGCAGCCACUGCCGCUUUCGCCACCUCCGCCAUACAGCGAGACGUGAAACUAUCAUUCACGAUCCCGAAAUCUCAAUGAUCCACUGAUGUGUAUAAUGGCCUGUAUGUGCGUGACCACGUGUAUAUUUAUGUUUAACCCAUACCUGUGGCGUCACACUAUUGUUUUAACUGUAGAUUACUUUUCAUUUGGUUUCUCUGAUAAAUCCUCAUAGUUAACAACGAAUUUCGAAACACAGUGAUAUUAUCCCCUAAAUAAUCUACAUCAUCAUCAUCAUUUCCUGUCAUGCCUAGUGGCAUUUAGGGCAGCGACGAAGUUCCUCCACGCCGGUCUAACCUGUGAAAUGUUUGUGCGUUCAGGGCAGAGAUUUAAACUCACUACUAAAUGAACUUGUACAACGCUUUUGUCCACGAGAUCUGCCACAUUGUUGGAUUGAACAAGUUGGAGAAAGCAUCCAAAGUGUGAAUUCUUGAAAAAUACAGCGGCCCAUAUGAAUCCACACUUGCUCGUAUAUUCUCCAUUACGUAUUUGUGUGCGUCACUGUUUGUGCACGUGCAUGGUGUGACUGAUGGCUGAGUGUACGGGGUAUGGUAUGCGUGUGUGAAUGGCAGACAGACGGACGGAUGAAGAGACCAAAAAAAAAAAAAAAACCACUGAGAGAGACUGACAAACAGAAAACGGGGCACAUGGUUUUCGAAAUGUACCAUACUGAUGAAUAGGUCCAAUCUCGAGUAUAGUUUUAAUAUUUAAGCACUUGGAGUUUUAUAUAUUUCACUUCAUUUCAUUUCAACCUAUUUUCGUGCUUUAAUCCAAUUAAGGUUCAAGAACGCCGUCCUGGGCACACACCUCAGCUAUAUGGGUUAGUUGUUAUAGUGGUUAGUGAGAGAAAAGAUGGUGUAGUGGUCUAACACUUACUCAUUGAGUAACUCGCUCUGGUUUGGAGCCGGUACCGGGAGGCGAACCCAGUACCUACCAACCAUAACCACAACACCACCAAGGCCGGUGUUUUAUUAUAAUGUUCUUCCUGCGACACGUUAUUCUUGGACAACGCUACAACCGUGGUUAUGUUUUUGCAUUAUUUUUUCAUAUGUAGAAGUCCGUUUGCGUCAAAAGGGAACCGACUGGUUAAAAUGCAUAUGCAUGUACAUGUAUAAACAUAUUAAGUUUUAAACCCAUAUCAGCUUAAACAACAUUUUUGAAGAUAUAAUCUAUGUAAAUAAAAAAGCGAUUUUUUUAGUUUUUGUUUUUUUUUGUUUUUUUGUUUAUUGUUGUUGAGUUGGA